AUGACAUAUCAAACAAUCAAAAUUGAACAAAUUACUACUGAUAGAAUAAUUGAAUCUUUAAAUCAAUCAGAUCUUAGUGAUGAUUUAGAAAGUUUAGAAUAUAUUAAUGAUAAUUAUAUUAAUGACAACAAAUUGAACUUGACAGAAAAGCCCUUAAAUGAUGAUGAAAUAGUUCAAAUGGUUUUGGAUAAAGUAAACAAUGAAAAUAAUGAAUCAGAAAGUGAAGAUAUUGAUGAACCAAAAAUUAUUGUGACUAUUGCAAAUGUUUUGAAAGCAGUAGAUACAUUGAUUGAAUAUUUUGAGCAUCAAAAUGAUUUAGAGUUUAAUGAGAAUGAUUAUAAAAAUUUAAAAAAAUAUAAAAGAAAUAUUGAAAGAUCUUUUUCUCAAAACACAAAGUUUAAAAUCUUUUACAAUGAUAAUUGA